UACAAUAAGUGUGUGAUUCAUUUUUAUGAAAGAACUUAUUUUAUAUGCAACUCUAUGGUUGUACGCAUUAUACUUACAAUUCAACUCUCAAAUGGUCAAAGUUAGGAAAUUAUGAAAAAUUAAGCAUCAAGCAAUGUUUCUCCGUAGUAACAAUUUAGAUUUUUUUUUUUUUUUUUUUUUAAGUAAGAGUUAAAAAUUAAUGGAGAAUUUUCAUUUUAAAAAGUGUUACACUUAAUAAAAAUAGCCGAUUUAGAAAAAGGGUUGCACUUAAAUCGAUGGGAUGAAGUAUUAGGUAGAUUUUCAAUAACAUAUGAAUGGUGGUUGGGUUGUAUAUCUAGAGAGGUCCUCUAUAUAUAAGCUACUAGGUCUAUGACUAUGACUUUUUCUAAGAGUAUAUGACAUAUACAUCCUUUGUUAGUUUGUUACACUACAAAACCAAACACAUAGUACAAGGAUAGAAACUAAGUAUAUUGGCAACCAAAAAAAAAAAAAAAAACCAUCACAAACUUCAAACAAAUCCCAAAAAAAUGGGAGAAGCACAAAAAUUCUUCCAAUCUUGCUUAAUAAUUUUAGCAUCACUUUGCUACUCUUACUUGAUACCUUCAAAGCUUCCCAAAGGCAAAAUUAGGUUAUUUUCUCUCUUACCAAUUUUCUCUCUAUUCAUAAUUCUCCCACUUUCUCUUUCUAGACCAAUUCCUAUCACAAUAAUUAGUUGGUUUAUUACUUGGCUUGCUACCUCAAAGCUUCUUCUUUUUGCUUUCAAUCUCGGCCCAUUAUCGGCCCAAAACUCUUUAAUUAAUUUUAUUUUAAUUGCUGCAUUACCAAUUAAAAUUAAGGAAAAAGAUCCUCUACAUCACACCCAACACACUAGAAUAUUACCCCCUGAUAAUUGGUUAAGAUCUUUCUUUUUUACCCUUUUUGUAAUAAUUUAUGACCGUACAAAAAGUUGGGUUAUGUUUGGAUUUGCAUUAUUUCUUUUUAUUGAUUUAUGUUUUGCACUUUGUGCUUUCAUUGUGGGGCCCCUAGGGUUAGAGCUUGAAGAGCCGUCCGAUGAGCCUUACGCGUCAUCAUCUCUUCAAGACUUUUGGGGUCGGAGGUGGAACCGCAUGAUAUCAGAUACACUGCGUCACACUGUAUAUAAACCCGUUAGGUCAACUUUUGUUGAUUUGGUGGGCCUUAAAUGGGCCCAAGUGAUGGGUACAAUGGCGACGUUUUUUGUAUCUGGGCUUGUCCAUGAAGUUAUGAUCUUUAAUGUGACCCGGGUUUGGCCCAAUUGGGAGGUCACGUGCUACUUCUUGUUGCAUGGGGUGUGUGUGGUUUUGGAGAUGGCUGUUAAGAGGGAAUUGGGCUGGAAGUUGAAUUUGCAUUGGGCCGUUUCAGGCCCAUUAACAGUUGGGUUUGUGUUGAUUACGGGUUAUUGGUUGUUCUUCCCUACACUUUGGAGGAGCCAUGUUGAUUCUGAGUCUAUUGAGGAUAUCAAAGUAUUUGCCAAGAAUUUGAAGGAUAUUAUUGUACGAAGUAUAAAUUAAUUAGAAGAUUUUAUAUUAUAAGUGAAAUUAGAACUCUAAAUUUACUUUACGGUUGGUAUUAGAUCUUAUUUUAGGAGAUAAUUGAAUGACGGAUUGGUAUAAAUAUGUAGUUACUAUGUUCGAAGAUGUUUUAUUUAUCAACGAGAUUUACUAAUUGAGUGUAUUAUGUAGCACUCUUGCACUUGUACUGUUUUUUAUGGUUCUCUAUUUAUUGCUUCCAUUAACCAACUACAAAGUACAACUAGUAGUUCAAUACCAGUACAAGUAGUAUUAUUGUUCAUUAAGUAUAUAGUUAAGAAUUACGAAAAUAAAAAUUGUAUUUCCUCCGUGGCUUCGUCCCAUAAUGUCUGGUCCAUUUUUAUUCUUAGUCUGUUUAGAUUGUUUUAAAGUUUACGCCUUACUACUUUUGAUUAUAGAGGAGUUUACAUUUAUAACUAUUACAUUUAAUCCAACCACUUUUCUCCCUCAUCAAUUUCCAUCCACCGAAAAAAAAAAAAAAAAGACUUAACCCUAGGAAUUUCUCCUUACCCCCAAGCAUCUUUAUUAUUUGAUAAGAUUCGAACUCUAGAACUCUAAUGAGCUAACACUUUGUUAGUUUCCCUGGGAAAAUUGGCCAUGACAAAUACCGUGUGUCUGUCAAGCAUUAUUCAUUGACUUUGCCCAUGACUGGAGCAACAACUUGAGUUUUUAA